AUGAAUAUUCUUACAGUGAAGCAGGUUUAAACUAAAAACCAAAUAUUACACAAAAAGACAUGCGGCUUCUCUGUUCGACUCAAACAGAAAGCCUCCGUCGCGCAGCAGCUGGUGCUUGUUUCUCUUUAAGCUCAGUCAAGUGGAAUCGAUGGGAUCUGAGCGAUGUUUGCACUGCUCACUUUGUAAUGAGUCACGGGAAGCUGCCACCUCCGGGUCCUUCGGUGCAGUUUGGAAAGAUGGACGCGUCUGAAGGACGGGUCUCCGGGCCUCGGCGUGAGGAGGAGACGCGACUCUGAGGAGCAGCGAUGCGGCUUCAGAACGGGUCCCGCUUCAUAAAUCACCAUGACGACGUUCCGAGCGACCCCACUGAUGGAUUCCGCUGCUGCUUGAGGUGAGGUCGCCGCGGCGACGCCAUGGCCGACGCCAACGCCUACGGCCUGAUCUUCGCCUGCACCUGCGGCGUGAUCCUGGGCACCGGGCUCUGUGCCAACCUCGCGGUCUUCUCCCUGUUCGCCAAGUACAACACGCUGCGCAGCAACCGGCUGGACGUGCUGCUGCUGAGCAUGACGCUGGCCGACUUCCUCAGCCUCCUGCUGGUGCCCCUCACCGUGCACUCGGCCAUCAGCCGCUCGUGGCCGCUGGGGGACACCUCCUGUAAGGUCUACCAGUUCCUGCUGGCCUUCAGCCUGGCGGCCAGCACCUACUCGCUGUGCGCCGUGUCCCUGGCCCGGGCCAUGAUCAUCACCAACCCCUACCAGCCGCCCACCAUGGACCUGGUGGUCCUCAUGUUGGCCCUGGUCUGGGCCCUCAGCUUCUUCAUCAGUUUGCCUCUGAGGAUGUUCGCGACCAAGGAGAGCGUGGAGUCCGACCUGUGCCUCCCCACCAUCCACGAGCACCACUACCAGGUGGUGCUCAGCCAGUUUGUGCUUUACUACUUCGUCCCGAUGGCGGUCAUCGCCUUCAACUACGUCCGCCUGGCGCUCUUCCUUCACCGGAGCCCCGUCAUGUCGCUGUCCAGCGCCAGGAACACGCGCCGGGCCUCGCUCAUGGUGUUCCUGGCCGCCGCCACCUUCUCCGCGUGCUGGCUGCCCGGCUACGUGCUGGAGCUGUGCGUGUACCUGGGCCUGUACCAGCAGGGGCAGGCCUGGGAGACGUUCUACUUCAUCUGCACCGUGCUGCAGCACCUGCACCCCUGCGUCAACCCCGUGCUCUACGUGCUGCUGUCCCGGCGCCACCGGAGGGCGGCCUGGCUCUUCAGCUGCAGCCGGAACAGGGUGCAGCCGCAGGUCACCAGCGUCAGCGGAGACAGCUUUUAGCGGCGCCGCCCUUUAGGUGACGACGGACGAUCGCGUGCUCUGCAUUUCAAGGAUCAGGUAAUGUGGUGUCUGGAGCGUUUUGAUCGGUUACUCCAACUGUCCCUUUGCUUCGUAUGCUGGAAAAAUAGCACUUCAAGCAUCUGAUGUUGCGUUUGUGGCGCUAAACAUUUCUUUUAUAAAUACAAAAUUACAACAUCAGGAACUAAAACAACUUUACUUUGAUGAUUACAGCUUAUUACAAGAAAAGUCUAAAAGAAAUAUAUAAAAUAUAAAUCUCAAAAGAUUUUUAAUUUUAAUUGUUUCUUUUUUACACUUUGUUAUACUGUCUAAACGUUUGCAAGUCAGAGAUAAGAUGGAUUCUGUACCAGAUUUACUUUGUGCCAACAAGACAAAAUCACUUCCUGCUCAUGAAAGGUGAAACAGUGAAUCUGAUGAUGCUCUUAUUUUAAUACGUCUGUUAACACUUUCCUCCUUUAGAACAAGGUUGAUUCAUUUGCUUCACAUGUUUUACUGCAAUACAUUUAAAAGGAUUAUCUGCAUUUUACACAGGUCACAGACCUGUGUUGCUUCUUUUGUCUCUAGCAAAGGAAAUCUUGAUCUUAAUGAACUUUCUCAUUAAA